GUGUUACCUGUGUGGUUAUCGGGAGCCGUAAACAAGGUGUGCAAACUUCUGGAGACCUGUCGGGAUGCAGCAGAGCGGGGUUCCUGGAAGCCGUGGCUGCGCUCUGUGCCCACUGCUGGGUGUCUUGUUCUUCCAGGGUGUUUAUGUCAUCUUUUCCCUGGAGAUUAAAGCGGAUGCCCACGUCCGGGGUUAUGUUGGAGAAAAUAUCAAGUUGAGAUGCACCUUCAAGUCAUCCUCUUCUAUCACAGACAAACUCACCAUAGACUGGACAUACAGACCUCCGAGCAGCAGUCGCACGGAAUCAAUUUUUCAUUAUCAGUCUUUCCAGUACCCGACCACAGCGGGCACUUUUCGGGAUCGGAUAUCCUGGGUUGGAGAUGUGUACAAAGGGGAUGCAUCCAUAAGCAUAAGCAAUCCUACCAUGAAGGACAAUGGGACAUUCAGCUGUGCUGUGAAAAACCCCCCAGACGUGCACCAUAAUAUUCCAGCGACAGAGCUGACAGUCACAGAACGAGGUUUUGGCACGAUGCUGUCCUCUGUGGCCCUUCUUUCCAUUCUUGUCUUCAUUCCCUCAACUGUAGUGGUUAUUCUGCUACUGGUGCGAAUGGGAAGGAAGUCUGCAGGGCUGAAGAAGAGGAGCAAGUCUGGCUAUAAGAAGUCGUCUAUUGAGGUUUCAGAUGACACUGACCAGGAGGGGGAUGACUGCAUGGCGAAGCUCUGUGUUCGUUGUGCUGAGUGUGUGGAUUCAGACUAUGAAGAGACAUAUUGAUGGAAGUUUGCAUGAUAGAAGAAGAGUCGCCUAACAACAGAAAAUGUUCCAUUCCACUGGCAGCUAAAGCCUCCUAGAGAAGUGGAGCUGGCUUGGACAAUAAUGGUGGAGAAUCCUGGAAGUCAUCAGUAAAGACUUUAGGAGUGACUUAUUUAUUGAAGAAAUAUUCUUUUUGUAUUUAUAAACUGUUCAAAAACUCUCAGAAGAGACUCAUAACUACCCCUGUUAAUAACUUAUACUCUAAUUGAAUGAAGGAAUUCUUUUCCUAAGUAGAUAACUUUUUGUUUAGUCUUUGCUCUUGAAUGUAUUACAUGUUUUCUUCCAGUUUUUAUGAGGGAGAAUCCUAGAUGUUGGCCACAUUGCUGAAACACACACACACACACACGCACACACACACGCAUAUAUAUGUAUUUAAUGAAAUGGAUCUUAGAGCUUCCUGAUGUGCUCCUGGACAAAAUGUUUUGGGGGAUAUUCUUUGUUUUUUGCUCCAUGAAUAUUUUCAGCUGUGAGUUAGCCUACAGCAUAUACUCAUUGGUUUAAUUAUCUCAUCAUCAGUUGUGUUUGGGAGGCUUGGAGUGUAUAACCCCAGUUUUUUAGAGAUGGUGGGAUUGGGAGUCAGUGGUUUAUUUGACUGAGUUUCUAAAGUAUUAAAGUGUCAACAAUUUACAAUUAAGAAAUGCUGAGAUGGAGGGGUUCCCUUCUUUUUCUCACUAGGUGCAAUUUGUUAUUUUACUUACAGCUGAGUGGUUUAUGGUUUCCUUCUUGACCUUUCAGAUCAGAGGCAAGAAAAACUCUUCAUAGGGUUUUUAGUGGGGAUAAGUAGAAUAACUUUACCAGUUAUUUGCAAUGAAAUCAUCUUUUAACCUAUGCUGUUCUUAAAAAUUUUCUUCUAAAAUGCAGAAAAUAUGAGUUAAAGAAGGUAUUUAUAAAUCCUUUUUUGCAUAAUAUUUGAGAUAAGGAAGUGAGGGUGUACACAACUUAUAGUUCCUUCUUCUGUUCUCUCGACACUUUCUAUCAAGUUCCUCCAUUCUAUUGCACCACAUUAUUUCAAAUAUUAAUUUACAUGGGAUUUUCUAUAAGCCAUUAAGAAAUAUGUAUGACAUAUCAGGAAGGGUUGACUGUCUAGUCCUCUGUAAUAGAGGGAUAGAAUUUGCUUCUUAAUUAUGAGAGACAAAAAAUGUCUCUCAUAAUUUGAUUCUUUUAACAGGAUAGCCCCUUUCUGUGAUUCUUUGCUAGUGACUCAGGAGGUUUCCAUAUUAUAGCACAAUGCACUGUAUGCUGUACAAAAAUCACUUUUAUAUUUUUUCGUCAAGAUCUAUUUUUAAAAAUUUAGGUUAUUCUGUCUCAUUGAUUUGGCCUGGCCUUUUAUGUUAAUCUAGUCCAUUAAUGAGAAAGUCUGAUUAGUUAAUAGAUGUUACGAUUUACCUCUGAUCAUAUAAGAAAGAAGAGGCGGAAGCAAGAUUGUCAGUCUGCAUCUACAGUGGUUAAGUCUUACAGUCUUGGGCUACUUGUAAAGUAUGUGGUUGUCUGGGGCCAAUCUAGUGAGACAGUCUAGUCUGACACCUCAAGGCAGAAAGGAAAACAGUUUGAGCAACAAGAGUAGAUAAUUUGGGCUCUAGGACAUUUAAAAGAUAGAGAUCUAGUUGUGAGAUAGACUUCUUGUGGGUCCUUAUUCUUUGAGAAAGAGAUGAUGUUACAGGAAUCCAGGUAAAAGUUAUAUCCCAUUCAAUAAAGGACCAGUUUUAACUGAGUUUUCUGGCAGUUUCCUUUCAGGCAUGUUAUAAGGAUUCAUCCAGCGGGAUAUGUUUAUCAAUUUAGGUAAAUAGUGCUGUGUGAAUGCCUGGUCAUGUUAUUUUGUAGCCUUGAUCAUGGUUUGAAUCAGUCCCUUCCUUUUUAAGUGACCAAAUGAUGAAAUCCUUCAGGGUAGGAGAGUAAGUUGACCACUAGUCUGCUCCAUGGAUUUGUGGUCACAUCAGAGUCUUAAGGUUGCUCUCAGUCUCCUUCUUCAGCCCUUUUAUUGGGGUCUGAGUUACAGCUCUUUUUUUUCUUCAGAGAAGCACAAAGCAGUGUUUGGAUACCUGCCUUUUAAGGAUGAAAGGAAGAUAAAGUGUUUUUUUUUUUUUUAACUUACUGUUUUAAUAUUUUCUAAGGUGCUACUCUCUCUUUUUAUUUUUUUCAUUUUGCUUCUCUGUGAGUUCUUAUCACACUUUAUGGAGACCAGCCUUGUCUAGAAACGGAAUUGAAUUCUGAACCUUCAGAGGGGGUUAAAAGCCUUUCAGAAUUUUUCUUUUGGCUGCUGAAGUCUUUACUUGUGGCUACAUUGCUUUUAUGAGUUUUGUGCACUGAGCUCUUAAUUCUGUUACCAAAUGUGAACUUAUAAAAUGUUUUGUGUUUCCCAUGUGACCUGGUACCUCAAGCUUCUUGGGGGGCACAUUCUCUGCAGCCCUUUAACUGGGCUCUGUGCUUCACGAGGGAAUGUUUCAUGUCCUUGUUUAGAAAAAAUUCUGGUGGCCAAAUCCUGAGACUGCAUGUUCUUGUGUGUUACUCGGUUAUGAUUCCAAACAGGAGUUGUAAGAAGACCAAUAAGGUGUGGCACAAGACUCUCAUUUAAUUGCACAAUUAAAACUUUGCUGCUAGAAGAGGCAACUCCGUCCUUUUGACUCUAGUGUUGGACUGUUACCUGCUGCAUUUCACUUUGUUUCUUGUUUGUUAAUUUUUGUAGGAGGAUAUGCACCAUUGGGUCACAUGCACAGACGUUGUAACUCUUGAGAUCUUUACCACAUCAUAGUCAAUAAACUUCUUUGCACUUUC